UGAUAAGGCAACGAGCUGGAGGACGCCACACAAUCUUCCCACUCACUUCCCACCUCUCAAUCUCUCGUUGCUAUUACACAUCAUUUUUAUUCGGAUAAUUCAGCUUUCGUUUGCCAUCUGCAUGUUUGAAGGCCUGGCAGGUCAAAAUUCAGCUCUUGCCACUGGAAUUCUGCAACUGUUAACCACCCAGCGGGCUUCUUCUCAACAUGCUGCCCGUUUGCUCCACCAUUGCUAACUGUUUUUCAAAUUCCCAGGUUUGUCUAUAUGGAGGGUGUAGACACUUCUCCUUGAGUCGCAAGGCAUUCACAGUUAAAUGCAUCAUCGAAAAUGAUGCCAAAGUUCAUGUACAAGGACUUCAGCAGUUGAACUCUCUUAGAUUUGCAGAUCAAUUCAUUGGAAAAGAUAGAUCAUUGCCCAGGGCUUUUAAUCUGCGAAAUACAGUUAUUGCAACCAAUAUUCCAGAUGAUCCUGCAUCUGCUUCCAUGAAACCGGAUAUAUAUUCAGAAUACCUUUCAAAAACAGAUUCAGAGGAUGUUUUUGCUGGAAUAAAUGAAUCCCUUAGUGCCCUAGUUUGCAAUACAGACACUGCUAUUAGCAAUACACUCAAAACAAUCACUUCAUCAGUAGAAGCUGCUUCAAAGGGUGUUAAUGGUGCAAUUGAUGGUUCUGUUAAUAACUUGAAGCUCUCUGUUAGUAGUGCAUUGUCUGGAUUAUCAAAUAACUCUAAGGGAGUAUCAAGUAAAGCAGGAGGUAUUGCUGUUGAUGGGUUGAGAACUGUGAUCGUCACAGUUGAGGAGUUGGUAUCAGAAGGGGCCAUGUUUUUGGUGUAUGCUUAUGCAUCCGCCAAGGAUAUGCUCCCUCCAGAGCUCCAGAAUGUGUUAAAUUCUUCAGAAGAUAAGGCAUAUGGUGUCUUGAAGCCUAUUGGGACAACCUUUCAGCAGGUUUAUGUUUCCAUAGAGGGAUUUGAGAGAAUUAUUGGCAUUGAUCCUAGUGAUCCGAUCGUCCCUUUUGUACUUUUGCUUGGAACAUCAACCACUUUAUGGGCUUCUUACUGGAUCCUGACCUAUGCUGGAUAUGCUGGAGACUUAUCCCCAAAGUUGGCUUUUGAGCUGCUGAAAGGGAAAGAAAGUGUUGCACUAAUUGAUGUCCGGCCUGAGGAUUUCAGAGAGAGAGAUGGAAUUCCUGAUCUCCGAAGGACAGCUCGAUUUCGAUAUGCUAGUGUGGAAUAUCCUGAGGUUGAUACUGGUGUAAAAAAGUUACUCAAGAGUGGGAAAGAUCUUGAUGAUGCAUUGGUUGCUGCUGUCAUUCGGAACUUGAAAGUUGUUCAACAAGGGUCGAAGGUGAUAGUGAUGGACGCUGAUGGUACUCGCUCCAAGGGAAUCGCAAGAUCGCUGAGGAAACUUGGGAUUAAGAGACCAUACUUGGUCCAAGGUGGGUUCCGUUCUUGGGUUCAGGAGGGUUUGCGUGUUAAAGAUCCAAAACCUGAGACAACACUUACGAUACUCAAUGAGGAAGCUGAGGCUAUUCUUGAGGGUAUCACUCCAUUCCAAGUUAUCGGGUAUGGCAUGGGUUUUCUGGCAACUGCAUUUGCAUUGUUAGAGUGGGAGAAGACAUUGCAAUUCAUUGCUGUUGCUGGCAUUGGUCAGACUAUAUAUCGAAGGAUUGCUUCUUACGAGGACUCUAACGAUUUCAAGAGAGAUGUGGGGCAACUUGUGGUCCCUGUUAAGUUGGGAGGGCAGGCGAUUUCAUGGGCGGCUGCGAAGCUGGAAAGUAAUCGCAAUGGUUUACCGACUUCGCCUUCCUCGGUAAAUGUCCAGAACAGGGUACUGCAAGCUGCUGCCAAGCAUGAAUCUCAGCCACCUGAACAACCACAGGAUUCAACACCAAACCCAGAUCUCUCUGAAGCAUAAUAAUAAAUAAUACACACACAUCCAAAAUCAUAAGCUUUCAUCACAAAUGCGGGUGGGUUUCUUUUGUUUCUUUCAACCACUCAUAAACGUAAUGUAUUUGUAUAGCUGCAUAAUAUUAUGGGAGAUUUGUGUUUCCUUUUA